AUGGGAGCAACGGCCCUGAUAGUGGAGCAACUCUUAACCCCUCUCACCGAAUGGAAGUGUCUAGGAUCGCUGACUACAGAUGUACAACUUGAUAUUCCCGUUCCCUCUUUCACACGGGCAACAUAUGAUUAUCCGGUGCAAGACGUAGGGCCAGAAUUCUUGUCUCGUGUCAUGUUUGGCGAACGGGAGUUAUGGCCUUUUUUGGCCGGCAGUGACGAUAUCUGGAACGAUGGGUAUUUUCCCAUGUUUGAACAGGUCAUCCCUCUGGGCUCUGUAGGAUAUAUUGAUCCCUUCUCGAAGAAGUUUGUCACAUUGUUCAAUGCCAUCAAUCCAGCGUCUUCAGCAGAACCAAGAAUACGUCGGAUUCCUUCUAUCCUGAAGUGGGGUCGGACAAAAGUUGUCACGGACACAAAAUACUCCCCUUCACCAGCAUGGGAUCAUCAAUACAAGAAGCCUGGAAUCCUUGGCAAGCUUGGAGUUUUGACCAAGGAAACAUCAGUGCCUAGUAUCCCUCUGAAAUUCACCGUCAAACAGAAACUUCAUCUCGGGCUCGGACGUGCUAUUUCUCGGCAACUUGUAGGAGACAGGCGCGGUUGGUCGCGCAAGCACCGGCAGACGAUUACGGAUGUGUUCGGAGAACGUCACCCCCAUAUCCGACAGCACAUGCCAGAGAUUGUUACAGCAACAGUAGACUCCCCACAAUAUGUUUGGUUUGUGCCUCUUAGGCAUACUGUCCAAGCCUACACUAUGAUUUGUUUCUACUUUCAAGUCGACCCUCAGGCUUCUCAUAAACCUGGAAACCCUUGGGGGGAGAUCAAAUCUUUUCCACCCUCCUGGGCCCACAUCUCCACUGUUGGGCAGUCCCCAAUGACUGUACAGAUUCGUUGUGAGUAUGUCGCAUAG